UAUGUCUAUUAAUAUAUCUAUUAAUUUUAUUCCAACCUAUCUUUUUUUUUUAGAUUUCUUGCUACAGGGGAAUCACUGUCCUCCUUACAUUUUCAUUUUUUGCUUGGUAAGAUGACAGUUUGUUCGAUCGUCCAUGAAACAUGCAAGGCAAUAUGGUUGUGUUUGAAAGAGCAAGUUAUGCCUGAACCCAACACACAAAUGUGGGAGGGUAUUACAGAGAACUUCUACAGAACCACUCAGUUUCCCAACUGUCUUGGAGCACUAGAUGGGAAACACAUCCGUAUACGCAAGCCACCAAGAAGUGGAUCAAAGUUUUUUAAUUAUAAAAAAUACUUUUCCAUUGUUUUAUUAGCAUUAGUUGACAGCAAUUAUAAGUUCAUUGCAAUUGAUGUUGGUGCAUAUGGCAGCACAGGUGAUUCCCGUAUUUUUAAAAAUUCUGUUAUGGGCCGCCACAUCACAAGUGGCAGAAUGAAAUUUCCAAAUCCAAAGUGUUUACCUGGAGGUCAAAUUGCAUUACCACAUGUUUUAGUUGCUGAUGAAGCUUUUGCAAGUUCUCAAAAUAUCUUAAAACCAUACCCACAGAGAGGGCUUGAUAUUCGCAAACGGGUAUAUAACUAUAGGCUGAGUAGAGCACGCAGAAUGGUAGAGUGUGCUUUUGGAAUUUUAGCCAAUAAAUGGCGCAUUUUACAUACCUCUAUCCAGCUGGAUGUGAAACAUGUGGAUAUGGUCAUUAAAGCAUGCUGUGUGCUACAUAAUUUUCUAAGAUUAAAAGACAGAUAUUUCAGUUUUGAUGAUAUGUGUCAUAAUUUGACUGAUGUUCAUUGCCAUGCUACUCGCUCUACUAUACAUGCCCUUCAGAUACGAGAUCAUUUUGCAGAUUUUUUUUCUUUCUCCCGAAGGUGAAGUACAUUGGCAAUACCACAAAAUGUAAAAAACAUAUUCCUAAGCUGUACACAUGAGUUACAAUAAUUGUCGUUUUGUUAACACACAGACAUGAUCUUUAUUGUGUGUUUAUAUUUCAUCUGUAUUCUGUAAUUUCUUAAUAUUCUGUAUGUUGUUUUGGUUUAACAAUACAAAAACCAGUCAAGACAAUAAAUGCUGUAAAACAAGAAUGUUUAUUCACAUUUUAGUUAAACAAUAAAGAAAAGUAUUGUCA